AUGUGUCAUCUGUGUCAUGUGUGUGAUCUGAAGAAUUCUGUGACCACCAAGAGAAAGAGCCUCAAACGGAGAAGCGGAGAUAUUAGCUACAUCACUGAGGCGCUGGAGAACAUCUUGGGCACAAUCUAUGCUGUCUCAGACUUGUUGAAGAAGAUGGAGAAGGGGCUUUAUGAAGGAGCAAGUGUUUACCAAGCAAUCAAAGACCUUAUCCCCUUUGUCAUGUCCGAGACUGACAUUUCUGCUGCAGUGUGGGAACGCGGCCUUAAAGCUAUUGCUUUUGAGGACACUGUUUCGAGCCGGGACCUGAAAACGGGUGCUUGGGAUCACUUCUUUGGCCAGACACGGGAGCUCCGUUCAAAUCAUCUUGGCGGCAAUGCAGGAAGAGAGUUUUUCGCUUUGCUUGCCAGCCAGCUUCUGCAAAGGAUGCUGAAAUCGGGCAGUAGUGCCAAGCUUGUGAAAGACCCCAAGGAGAUGGAGUUUCUGUGUGGGUUCGUGAAAGCUAUGAGGGCUUUGCUCCAAGAUUGCUCCACUGCACUGGGUGAUGGUGACUCCCUCACGGUGUCAACCAAUGUGGGCCACAUUCUUGAUUUCACUUCCACACCACAAGAUGUCAUGAGUGCAAACAAUGACUUGGGAAAGUCUGAGCACUGGCUAGCCAAAGCAUUCUGCCUGGACAAGGGCAAGAAAUUGAUGGCUUUGGCGGUUGAAAAUGCUGACAAGCGUAGCAGCCAAAGCAACAUUUUGGAAUCCAUCAAGAACCAGGUUGCAAGUCUGGAGGAGCAAGCAUAUCUGAACGCUGAGGAAUACUUCAUGGCGACGUACACUAUGGAUGCCAAAUAUGGAUCCAUGCUGACAGAAGCCUAUGACGUUGUCAAAGAUCCUGCAACAAAGAGCCUGAAAGGUGCAGACCGUGAUUCUCUCAAAAAGUUGCAGAGACUGGUUGAUGAUGCAGUCUACACUGCAGUUAUGACCUAUUUGAAGAAGGAGUGCAAUUCCUUCAUUGAGGACUUCGGCAAGGCCAUUGGCAAGAGACAGCCUUUUGAGCGAGAGCUUCUUGGACCAGACUCAUGCCUGUUGUGUUUGGGAGAUGUUGGCACGACUGGCAAGUUUGCCAAGCAGGUGUCUGACCAUUUCAAAAUUGGCCUUACCUUCGUUUCUCGAGUGAAUGAGGCUUUGGAAGGAAAGCUUGAUCCCAAGGAAGCACGGCAGUGUGUCGAGGAGUGGGAGACGUGGUCUGAGGAUACGGUGAAGAUUUACUCACAGGUUUUUACUUCAACGUCAUGCCCAGCAAAGAAGGCAUUUGAAGAGGAGCCAGGGACCAUCAAGAGACCUUUGUAUCCGUCACUGAGGAAGUGA